AUGGACGGCGACCACUCCUACCGCAGCGAGUUCACUCCUGCCGGCCCAAGCAUUUUUUGGAGAAAACAGAAGUUUGCGAAGAUGUUAUUCGAAGGUGAUGGUUACCAGUUGGCAGUACAAUGCUGGCUGUGUGCAAAGGGACGUCGUGGGCCUUAUCCGAGUGGAGCUCUCAUCGAGGCAGAAGUGGAAACUGUUGUUUUGUCAACUUGGACGUCCUUGAGCGAUAUCGAUUGA